AUGUCUACAACAACAAACAAAUUAGUCGUCAUUACAGGUGCUUCCAGUGGUAUUGGUGAAGCUACUGCAGUUUUAUUCGCUCAGAAGGGUUACAAGUUGCUUCUCCUUGCUAGAAGAAAGGACAGAUUGGAAGAAUUGGUGAAUGAUAGUCGUUACUCUUUCAAUCAAGAUAAUACUCUCAUUCAUCAAUGUGAUGUCACCAAUGUUGAAGAUAUUCGUACAGGAGUUGAAUUGGCAACCAAAAAGUUCAAUUUACCAGUUGACUGUUUCAUUAACAAUGCUGGAAUUGGUCAUUCUUCUCCACUUUCUGAGCAAUCAUUAGAUAAGCAAUAUGCUGUCAUUGAUGUCAAUAUCAAGGGUGUCCUCAACGGCAUUAACGUCGUUGCCAAGGACAUGGUCCAACGACAAGCAGGAACCAUCAUUAACAUCAGCAGUAUUGCUGGAAGAAAGACCAUGGAUGGUGCCUCAGUUUAUUGUGGUUCAAAGUUUGCAGUUCAUGCCAUUAGUGAAACAUUGAGAAGUGAGGUUGCUUCUUCCAAGGUCAGAGUUGUUGUAAUUUCACCUGGAGUGACAGAGAGUGAAAUUACUGGACACGAUGAGAAACUACACGAAAUGGUUGAAGGAAUGAAGAAGGGACUUACUUUGGGUAUUCUAAAGGCACAAGAUGUUGCCGAAUCUAUUCUGUAUGCCUAUCAAGCUCCUCCACAUGUUUGUUUGAGAGAAAUUGUUUUGGCACCAACAGAACAAUCCCUUUAA